CAAAAACAAUGUGGCUGAAUGCUCUCCUUCUCCCCCUCCCCUUCCUUCUUCUUACCCGAGCUCAAAAUGCCUGUGUGGGACACCCAACAUUCCGUAGCCCAUCGAACGCAGACAUCCAGGUUAUGUGCGGCUCCCAGUCGAUAGAGCUGCAGAUCCUGGUCUGUCCUGUUUUCUUUAACGGCUACAACGACUCGCUGAUGUCACUCAACUCCCAACAUUCCAAGCCAGAGUGCAAAGGGACGGCCGACUGGACGGUGGACCCCCCUGUGGUGAAAUUUAACUUCUCCAUCACAGAAGAGGGCAUCAGUCAAUGCGGCAACAAUAUGAUAAUGACGGAGGAAGUGGGGACUGGAGCGUUCACGGACUUCUCCAGUGUCCAGUACGUCACCAUCUCAGGCAUGGUCUGCACCAAAGACCCCUCCAAUACUGCCAUCACCUACCAUGAGGAGGUCAUGUACUUCUUCUCCUGCCGCUACCCGCUGCAGUACCUGGUCAACAACACCCAGAUGGGCGUGGCGGGAGUGAGCCUGGCAGUCAAAGACAACAAUGGGAGUUUCGUCAGCACAUUGAGCAUGAAACUCUUUUCGGAGAACAGCUUCUCGUCUGUGCUGCUGAUCCCUCCAGGAGGUCUGGAGCUGAAGACCAGGAUCUAUGUGGAGGUGAAGGCGUCUAACCUCACCAACAGAUUCAACGUGAUCCUGGACCGAUGCUAUGCCACAGCAUCUCCUUUCCCUGUGAACACCACCUCCUAUGACCUAUUUGUUGGGUGUAGCCAGGAUGGUCAGACAGUGAUGGGGGUCAACGGAGAGGAGCAGAUGGCUCGCUUCUCCUUCGAAGCCUUCAGGUUCAUCCAUCAGACCGACGCUACCCUCGCCACCUACUACCUCCACUGCGUGACCCGGUUAUGUCUGAGCAGCGUCUGCCACAAUCUCACUCCGAACUGCACCGGUAACAGCAGGCGGCGCCGUGCUGUCCAAGACGACAAGGGCAUGACAGUGAGUGACGUCGCGACCGUGAGCUCGGGUCCCAUCACCACGCGUCUGCACAGUGGAAAUCCAGCGGCUCAUGCAGGUGAGCCAAAGACCCAGGCUGACGGCGCCACGCUGGCCGCCGCGAUACUCGGAGCCACAGUUGGAGCCGUGUGUCUUACCUCGCUGGGGUUUGUCACCUACAAUAUUUACAAGUCCAAAAUGGUCCUGGGAAGGAGCAUCCUGACACCCUGA